UGAAUGACAGUCUGCUUGGUUUGUGAAAAUACGCAUUAUCGUCUGGUAUUAAACAGCUGAUCGAUGAUUAUUUUUACAUAAAAAUAAUAUAAUAAAAAUAGUAACUAAAUUUAACAUGUUAUGAACCAGCACCGCGUAUAUAAGAUAAUUUAUCCUGAAUAAAAGUCAGUAAAUAACAGUUUAAUAUAUAAUUCAGUGACAAUGACCAAUGGAUAUAUUAUUGUAACAUUGUUUAUUAUGUAAAUAAGUAUAUGAUUGAUAAUUUCUAAAUCAUAAAAUCAACAAAUCCAAAAUGUCAUUAUCAAUGGAGAAUCUUGUCAUAAAACAGCCGAUUAGACGAUUGGAAAUUCAAAUCAGUAAUUUUAAUGUUGCUAUACCACAUCAUGUUGAUUUACUGAAACGUCACAAGAGUAAUAUUAAAAAAUAUGAACUUCAACACGAUUGGGAAAAAGUACGGAAAGAACAUAUAAAUGUUUCCAGAAUUGUAAAACAAUUGAAAGAAUUGCUUUAUCAGAUGGAUACUCUAAGGGGUCAGGUUCUAGACAAUGAUAUUAAUGAAUUUGAUAAACUUACAGCAACUGCUAGAAAUAGUAUAAUGAAUGCAAUUGAAGAAUACUUAGUUUUACAAUUGGACUUACCUUUAUCGGGGCCUUCUUCACCCAAAGAAGAAGAUGAGGAUGCACAGUAUGCAUUUAGAGAUCAUAAUGUCCAAAUGCACAAAGAACAUGAGGAUUUGGAACGACAGCAAGCAUGUUUGCAUACCUGGACAGAUCUGCAAGAUGAUAUAUGUCAAUUACAUCAACUUUUUACUGAUUUUAACAAAAUAGUACAUGAUCAAAAAGAAUCUGCAAAUAACAUAGAGAAUAAUAUUGAAGAAACACAAAUCAAUGUGAAUGAAGGUACGAAGUUCCUUGUAAAAGCAUCAAAAUACAAAGCAGUAACUUAUCCUUUGGCUGGAGCAUUAAUUGGAACUUGUGUGGGUGGACCUAUAGGCUUAUUCGCAGGUUUAAAAAUUGGUGGAUUAACAGCUCUUGGUUGUGGAAUUUUAGGAUUUACUGGCGGUUCCAUCUUAAAGAAAAAACAAAUCACAGAAGAGAACACAUAUAGAAAAUCCAGUAAUCCAUUUGAAGAACAACAAAACAUUAAAAAAUCUUCAUCUCUCCCUGAAAGAUUGAAUAAAACCAAAAAAGAUUUGUGACAUAAAGCCGAACCUGAUAAUAAUUUGAAAGAUACUAAAGUGUGCAACAUUAUUUAGUCACUUACUAAAAUAUUUGAGUGUAUUCAUAAUGAAAUAGGUUAUCUUUCAAUUAAUUCACUAAUCAAUGAUUUACUUUUUUUCUUAUUGGUUUUCUAUAAAAAUAAAUUAUAUUAAUGUAAAUAUUAUGUUAGGGGUGGAAACACCUAAUUUUUUAAUAUAAAAUUUUUAAAAUAAAAAGAAAUAUAUAUAUAUAUAUAUACAUAUAUAUAUUUAGGUUAGUUUUGGACCAAUAAUACUCAAUGCUUUAACAUGGCAAUAUAUUAAGAAGCUUCUAAAUUCUAUUAUUAGAUACUUUAAAUUCUAGUAUUAAAUACUCUAAGAAGUUUUUAAUUCUACUGCUUUCUUAAAAUAUUUCGUCUCGCUACAAAUAUUCUUUUUUAGAUUUAAAAAUUACAUAUAACAAAAAAUA